AGCCCGGCGACAGCAGCACAGAGCAGCGGGGCGACGAGCGGAGUCAGACCGAGGAUCAACAGCUGAAGAACGGCGGAGGCUCCGGUCUCCCGCCGGACUUUUACCGCUUUAACCCGCUUUUAUCUUCUUCUCCCGCCGCUGUGCCGCGCUCUCAGGAGAAAUAACGGAGUUACCGUGAAAGUGGGUGAAGUACCGACACCGGUCCGCCGCCGGCAGCCUGACAGCCGCCAGCAUGAAGAAGAACAACUCGGGGAAACGGGGUCCACAGGACUCGGCGUCGCAGAACCUCCAGCCAGAUAAAGUGGGCUGGAUCAGAAAGUUCUGCGGGAAAGGGAUCUUCAGAGAGAUCUGGAAGAACCGGUUUGUGGUUCUGAGAGGAGAUCAGCUGUUCGUCUGUGAGAAAGAGGUGAAGGAGCUGGGUCGGGCUGACGAGGUUCUGGACCUAUCGGACUACGAGCGCUGCGAGGAGAUCCGCAAGAACAAGAGUCGCAGCAAGAAGAACCACAGCAAGUUCAGACUGCAGCGCUGCAGCUCGCCAGGCAACACGGUUCCUAACCUGGUCUUCCUGGCUGUCAGUCCGGAGGAGAAGGAGUCCUGGAUCAAUGUCCUGAACGCUGCCAUCACCAGAGCCAAAAACCGAAUCCUGGAUGAUGUGACAGUAGAAGACUCUCACCUGUCUCACCUGACUCGAGAUCGAGUGAAGAUUCCUCACAACCGCCGGCUGCCGACCAGAGGCCAUCUGCUGGCCGUGGCCUCGACGUCCUCCUCAGACGGGAUGCUGACUCUGGACCUGAUCCAGGAGGAGGAUGCUCUGUCUCAGGGAGCCAACAGCUGCAAUGGUUUUAGGGACGACCUGGACAAGUCCCACCUCAGUCCAGACUGUCCCAGGUCCAAAACUGAUGGUGCUCUUUCUACCAGGGCCGCUGAGGCUUCUGGGAAAUCCCAGAGCCUUCCUCGUGAGGUGGCGGUGGUGUGGGAGAAAACGGGUCCUGGACAAACACCUCAGCCAGGAAGAGGUUUGACGACGGCGGAGAAAAACCGCUGCGCCUCCAUGGACGAGAUCUUGUCACACUCAGAAACUAAAGCUGCUAAGAACAAGAACGCGCCACUGACCCGUUCUCCUGCCUCGACACCGCCCGGGGCCACAACCCCCAUCAGCCAGCUGCAGGAGCUCAUCAGCCAGAAGCUGGAGAAGACAGAGCAGCUGCUGACAGAGGUGCAGCGGGAGGCUGACGGGGAGAAGGGGAAGGUGAAGCGGAAGGAGGCGGCUGAAGCGGCGCAAGGUGAAGUGGAGAGACUCCUGAAGGAGGCGGCGGCGGCCUGGAGUCAGGCCCGCGAGGUGCUGGAGGAGGUGAAGGAGCUAAGGGCGCUGUACCAACAACUGCACUCCUCCUCCUCCUCCCUCACCCCCUCCAACAGCACCAAACUAAACCCAGACCACAAGAGCCUGAUGUAGACUGGAGGUCCCGACUCACUGGUACGACCUGGUUCAUGGUCUGGUCCCAGACUUCACAUGAAGCUGCUGAGAACUUGACAAACCACUUUUAAAUUAUUUGGAAAAAUGCAGGUUUAGAUUUUCAGGAGGAACCAGGACCAGGACCAGUUUAGCUAAAGCCACGCCCCUCUAGGAACCUUCAGCUGAAGCUCCGCCCCCUAUAGGACCCUCAUGUAGCGUCUCUUUCAGUUGCACAAAGGAAACACUUGGUUCCUUCUCAGAAACUCUGACGUCUCUGAUUAGAGGGAUGAAAAUGUGCCAAGGAGAGUCAGAGGAUGAAAUCUUUAAAUACUUGAUUGUUUCUGUUCUUUUUCUCUGGAUCCGUUUUAUUUUUCUGGAACAUUCACAGUAUCUCUGUGUUGUUGUGUCUGUAGAGAAGUGUACAGAUGUUUUAUGCAGCUGGACUGAAGGAUCACCUGACGGUACUGAUGUAGGUUCAUAUGAAGGAGGACUGAUCUGUGUGAGACGGUACACGACGUCACGUUCGUCUUGAAUCAGCUGAUGAUUCCUGGGAUAAAACUGUGGCAGGUCUCUUAUUUUGAAAAGGCAUAAAAGUGAUCAGUUGAACUGAUAAGAGUCAGGAGCGGGGGUGCAGUGUGUAUUAGGGAAUAAAUAAAUGUGAUUAAAUAUUCAAACCUUUAAGUUCAGUUACUACCUUUUUCCAGAUCUUUUGACUCUAUCUCAUGGCCUUCUUCUUCCUGCUCAGUUGUUAUUAAUGAGUUGACUCCAGCUUUGUUUGUGCCUCACCUGGUUGGUGCCUCGACAUCUGGUUUCUGGUCUGGGGUUCAGUUUCAGGACCUCAGACCAGAACCAGAACCAUCUGGAGGAAGAUCAUGGAGGCCUUCCUCAUCAUCAGUUAGCAUCACCUGUUAGCAUCUGACAGCAGCACUCUACCUAAAGACACAUGAGGAAGAUUCAGUGAAGAAGACAGUGAGAUAUGGUUGAACGCUCUGGAAAAAGCUGGUGAGUAAAGGUGUUGUGCAGGUUUGUGAUCAGCAGGAUCCACAGAGACCAUCAGACCCCUCAUCAGGUCGACUGACAGCGUGUGAACCUCCUUUACUCUGUCUGAUC